AUGGCGAGCAAGGACCUUUUCAAGCCCCAAUGGUCCACAUCUUUAUCACUCAGCAGCACGAACAAACCCCUCAUCAUCACCUCUUGCACCCUCGUCACCGGUAUCCCAAACUCUCACGAAUGGUCCCCCAGCCUAGUUCCUCCAAUGGCAGCCUCCGAGCGUCUUACGCUAUUCCUCUCUUCAGCUGGUAUCCAUGUAGUGCAAGUGUACAAACUUACCCUCGAGACCAUCCAUCUCAAAGGCGGUGAUAUCCUCCACGCCUCACACGAAUCUGGAGUACUCUUCUCUACCGUAGCUUCCACCGUCGCCAAACGCUUAAACAUCAAAGCCAAGAGCAUCACAAAACAAGAAGCUGAAGAGGCAUAUACCUGGGGGGUACAGAUGAUGAUGAUGGAUUGUAGAACGUCGAGUGAAUUGACGAGAGCGUGGCUUGGGUGGAAGCCGGAGGGGGUGGGGUUUGGGUGGUAUUUUGGGGAUGACUGUGUUUAUCGAGGGUAG